CCGCCUACUCCUCUAGCGCAGGCCCAUGGAUAAAAGGAAAUGAUUGAUUUGACAAACCCUAGCGCAGAGCUGAAUAAAAUCGAGGAGACGACGACGACACAGAAAUCAAAUCUCGAGGAUGAACACCAGCAGUCUGUGGGUGGGAAACUUGUCGUCCGAUGUAACGGAAUCUGAUUUGUCGAGAUUGUUCGGGAAAUUCGGACCGAUUGUGAAGAUAACUCUGUAUUCUUCCAAAUAUUUCGCGUUUGUGCACUUCAAGCUCCCGCAAGACGCUAAAUCUGCCAAGGAUUCUCUCCAGGCCACUCUUCUUCGUUCCUCUCCGCUUAAGAUUGAUUUUGCGAAACCGGCUAAACCAUGUAAGAGUUUAUGGGUUGGUGGGAUCAGUCCAUCUGUCACAAAAGAAGAGCUUGAGGAACAGUUCCGUAGAUUUGGCGAAAUUCAAGAAUUUAAGUUUCUCAGGGAACGUAACACAGCAUAUGUUGACUAUUUUGUGAUGGAAGAUGCUACUGAAGCAUUGAAAAACUUAAAUGGGCUAGAAGUUGGUGGUAACAUGAUACGCGUAGACUACCUUCGUUCUCAGGCUUCUAAAAAACAGGAACAACCUGACUUCCGUGAAGCAAGGGACACACAAUCUCUUAACAGAAGCACAGGGGGCUCUAAUCCAUCAUGGAUACCUCAACAUCCUCUUAGAAAUAUCUCUGCAGCUUAUGGGGAUACAAGGCCACAACAUAUACAGUCCCCAGUAGGUCCAAAAGGCGAUGGACAACCAAGUAAGGUUCUUUGGGUAUCGUAUCCUCCCUCAUAUCCAAUGGACAAGCAGAUGUUGCACAAUGCUAUGAUUUUAUUUGGUGAGAUAGAAGGAAUAACACUUUUUCCUUCGGGCAAUUACUCACUUGUUGAAUUUAGAAGUGUUGAAGAGGCAAAACUUGCCAAAGAGGGACUGGAAGGUCGCCUCUUCAGUGAUCCAAGGAUUUUAAUUAUGUAUUCCAACAGUGAGGCUGUACCUAGCAAUGGGCAAUCUGGCUUUUAUUCUGACGUAGAAGGUCCUAGGACUGAUGUGUUAUCUAACGAUGUUCAGGGAUACCCCCAAAUUGUCCCAUAUAGCAUUGCUGGAAAUGUACCUUCUCGUGGUGUGAGUGGACCUGGUAUAUUGGGGAGGCCUUUGGGGCCUCUAGGAAGUUUUGAACCUCUACAACAAUUGUCUUUGACCAAGCAUCAAUCAUUACAGGACUCUAAUACCAACCUUUUGGUAGGUGUUUCUAACAGGAAAAGGUUAUCUCCAUCGCCUGGGAUUCUCUCAUCUCCUUCACAAGCUGUUCAACCAUCCAUGAGACCAGCUUCUGGUACAUGGGAUGCGUUUGAGGCAAGCCAACUGCAGAGAGAAUCAAAGAGGUUUAGGGUUGGCGGUCUUUCAGCUUUAUCAGACCGUUCUCUGGAGAAAAUGGAUGAGCACUACAUGAUUUUGAAUCAAUUUAACGGGCAUGGACAAGGUGGAGCCAUACGAGGCGCUGCAGCUACUGUUUCAGGCAUGAAUCGCUCAAGUACAGUAGAACCAAGAGUUUUAACUGGAGGAACUGUUCAAGGUCAUCCUGAACAUGACUGCAUUUGGCGUGGAGUUAUUGCUAAAGGUGGUCAACAUGUAUGCCGUGCCCGUUGUUUUCCUCUCGAGAAGGAGUUUGAGUUUGAGAUUCCUGAAGUCGUAAAUUGCUCAGCCCGAACUGGAUUAGAUAUGUUGGCCAAGCACUAUGGUGAUGCUGUUGGAUUUAAUAUUAUUUUCUUCUUGCCCGAUAGUGUAGAAGAUUUUGCUCCAUACACAGAAUUUUUGCGAUACCUGGGUGCCAAAAAUCGUGCCGGGGUUGCUAAAUUUGAUGAUGGGACCACCUUGUUCCUGGUUCCUCCGUCUGAUUUUCUAGAAAGCACCCUGAAUAUUGCUGGCCCUGAGCGCUUGUAUGGAGUGGUUCUAAAGUUCCGAAGCCAUGUUUUUGGAAGCACAGCUGAGCAUACCUUGCAGCGGAAUUACAUUGAUCGACCAGUGAUGCCUCCUCAAUUUGAUAACAGAGUAAUGCUCCAGGAGGAGAGACUUAUGCAAACUGAUUAUAACAGAUCUAUGCAAGGGAACCCAAAUACUUUCUCAAACUCAGUAGCUCCUUCAACAAAUUCUGUUCCAGGAGAAGCUUUCCCUGCAAACAGUACUUCACUAUCAAAUGCUGGAGUUACUCUAACACCUGAACUAAUUGCUACACUGGCUUCUUUGUUGCCUGCUAAAGGUAAUACAUUAGGUGCUCAACCAUUGUCUGGGUCUUCCAACCCAGGACCUAUGCAAACUCCUGGAGCAACUGAUAGAAGACACCCACAUGGAUGGGAUCAUGAGCAGACAAAAAUGUCUGAGCCAAGUGGUCAUCUUAUAAACCAAGCUGGAUAUCAUUAUAAUUCCCAAGCGCAAAUCCCCUUGGACCAUCAUUAUUCACUUGGCCAGAAUCUACCUAACCAUGCAGCUCAAGGAGUUGCAGCGAACAACCGAAUUCAAGAUGCAACUUUCAAUAUGAGAAAUGACGAGUUUUCAUCAAGGCAAAUAACAAGCUCUGUAUCCCACCCUCAUGCUGGACAGUAUUUAGUUUCACCGCAAAAUAACCUGCAGUGUAAAGUUGAAACAUCGCAAGAAACUAGACAUGGAUAUGUUCAGGGAAUUAAUGCUUCAGCGGCUUAUUCUGCAUCACCUCUUCUACCAAUAACAAAUUCUGUGACAUUGUCACACCAGGUAAGUAAUUCAACAGUUUCACAGCAUCUCAGCAGCAAUCCUAAUGAUGGAGGAAAUUUUGGUUUGGACUCUCAAAAACAAAUUCAACCUGCUCAAUCUCAUCUUGGAGCAGUUCAAGGAACGUUAAAUGAGGAGACAGAUAAGAAUGAGCGAUACCGGUCAACACUACAAUUUGCAGCUAACCUCCUCCUCCAGAUACAGCAGAAUCCGGGAUCUGAAGCAGGACAAGGCCCUGGCAAUAACUAAUGGGAUAUCUUUACUCUAGAUAGUUUGGAAGUCGGGAGAAAUGACAGCAUUCCAUGGUGUGGGCUUUGCUAUGCUGAAAUCUUAAAGUUAUAAGUUUGGGAAAUUUGACUAUUGUAUUUCUUUUCUUUUUGCAUUGUGUUUCAAAUUUCAAAGUAAGAGUUGUAUUUGUUGGAUUCUCUUUUGAAACUUGAAAAAAAUUAUGACUUUACCUUC